CAGUGACCGUCACUCUCCCCGGAUCGGUUUGCAGCAGAGUGUUAAGUGGCUGCGAUAAGUCCAUGGUCCACUGUCGUCAAAGGGUGGAGUGCCCUCUCCGGGUUGGGGAACAGAUCCUGCUCCAAGUGGAGGAGAUUUCAAUAUAUUUCAUUAACGUUUUAAACACAUUUAUUGAAGUAAAAAGUUACUUUAAUAUUCAGUAGUUGCGUUGAAUACUUAAAAAAAAAAUUAAGACUAAAAUCAGCAUAAUUUUUGAUGAACAAUUGGGCCUACUCUGCUAGUGUAUUUACAUGAUAGUAGUGAUAUUGGUACUCUGGGAGAUGCAUCCAUCCAUUUUUUUUCCGCUUAUCCUCACAACGGUCGCGGGGAGUGCUGGAGCCUAUCCCAGCUGUUAACGGGCAGGAGGCGGGGUACACCCUGAACUGGUUGCCAGCCAAUCGCAGGGCACAUGGAGACAGACAAGUCGCAAUCGCACCUAGGGGCAGUUCAAAGUGUCCAAUUUAUGUUGCAUGUUCUUGGAAUGUGUGUGUGUGUGUGGGGGGGGGGGGUGCCCGGAGAAAACCCACGCAGCCACGGGAAGAACAUGCAAACUCCACGCAGGCGGGGCCGGGAUUGAACCCGUGACCUCAGAACUGUGAUUUCCAGCUGCGCCAUCAUGCCACCACUGGGAGAUCCAAGUAUUUUAUUGAGGUGCUACUUCGGAAAACAAAACAAAACAAAACAAGAAUCACUGGCAUAACAAGAUAUAUAUAUUUUGAAUUUCUUUUAUCCCAUCAUUUCUACGUAUUUCAAAGUGCUGAACUCGAAGCUAGUCAGUUUGCGCUUCCAUCCAUAUUAUGUCCAUCGAAUAGGAAGAUUGGUGACGUUUACAAGGAUGUAAGGCAACCCUUAACAAAACCUGAAGAACUAUAUAUGUCAUUUUGUUUUAAGAUACAAUUUGAGAAACACGACACAGUGCUUAAGUUCAUCAGUCAGUACCUAUAAAAGGCCUUUACGUGUCAGUAUUGCUUUACAAAAAGUUCCCUCGCCAUGACACGUCUGUCAGGGGUAUACAAGGUUGUCAUGGAUGAUGAAGACGGGAGGUGCCUUCUCGAUGUGAUUUGUGACCCAGAAGCUCUCAAUGACUUUCUUCAUGGAUCUGAGACCCAUGGCCAUGUUCCAGAGGUCCAGCCUACAGUCCAGCUCUCGGCUAAUGAGGCGGCAGGCCUGCCCAGAGUCAGCGUUGACCUGGACUUCCUGGAGGAUGACGACAUCCUGGGUGGAUCCCCUGAUGGGGAAGGCGGGAGCAACGGCCUUGGGACAAACCACGAGACCUGUGACAUCUUGCAGCAGAGCUUGGCCGAGGCUAAUAUCACUGAACAGAGUUUACAAGAAGCCAAUGAAGAGCUGGAUCUGGGAUCCUUCGGGAUCCCUGGCCUACCACAGGUGGUUCAGACGGUGCCUGAUGCCAGCCUCUCGGCAGCCGGGGGUGCAGCUGUUGGUGUAGGCAUCAGCGUCGGAGGGACGGCGGCGAUUUUUCCUGGGUCAGCUCGAAGUGCCACUGCAACUCCCCCGAACGCGACUGCUGAAAUGCUAGGCUCCGUGCUGGCUCAGCAAGGCCUACAGCUCCAACCACAGGUCAUGAAUAAGACCAUUAGCGUUCAGCCUUUCAUGCAACCCGUGGGCCUCGGGAAUGUGACGCUUCAACCAAUUUCAAGUCUUCAAACUCUCCCUAAUGGGAGUCAGUCUGGUCAUUUAGGUAUUGGACAAAUUCAGGUUGUGGGUCAACCCACAGUCAUGACUAUAAAUCAGUCUGGGCAACCCAUCCUGACAAAAGCCAUGGGUGGUUACCAACUGCAUCAGUCUGGGACUGAGGUUUCAGGGGCAACUACUCAGACAGGACUUGGGGCGCCAGGAGGUGGACUUCUCAUCCAAAGCAACAAAACGACUUUGGGAUCUCCAGCUUUAAACGGACCGGCCACGGUUGUUAGCAGUACAAACAGCACUAGUGGCAGCACCAUGACUGCUCCUGCUGGACUUUUGGGCUUUGGAAGCACAACUCUGAGUUCAGGAAUGGUACCACAGUCUCAAACUCAAGGCCAAAUCAUGCACAAUGUUAUUAUCCAGCGUACACCAACACCCAUUCAGCCUAAACCUCCCCAGGGUGGAGCCCUCCAAACAAAACUCUUCAAGCCGCAGCAGCAGCAACAGCAGCAGCCGGCACCUCAAAAUCUGCAGAACGAUGCCACCAAGGCUCUCGGGCUGCAACAAGUUCCAGUUUCUGCAGCUCAGAAUGUAACUUUCCUGACUGGAAAACCUGGCUCGAACGUUGUACUCAGUACUCAAGCUACAACGCAAGGCUCGCAGUUACAGCAGACACUUUUCAAGCAGCAAGCAGCCCAAGCAGCAGGCAAGCCUCUCAGUGUGCAUUUGUUAAACCAAUCGGGCAGCAUUGUUAUUCCCUCUCAGACGGUUCUACAAGGUCAAAACCACCAGUUCCUCCUUCCACAGUUACAAGCAGGUGGACAAAUCUUGACCCAGCACCCUGGGAGCCACAUCAUAACCAGCCAGGGCCAUGGUGGGCAGCUCAUUGCAAACCAGAUUUUAACGGCAAACCAGAACAUCAACUUGGGUCAAGUGUUGGCCUCCCAGGGACACCCUGGUGCUGCCCACAUUCUGUCCGGACCCAUUCAGCUCCAGCCUGGCCAGAUGGGCACGCCCACCCUGUUUCAGAUGCCAGUCUCAUUAGCUCAAACGCAGAGCCAAGCGCAAACCCACACAGUCUCGGGACAUGGCCCGACAGUCAUACAGAGCAUGCCGAUUCAGAACUCCCUGACCAUGCUGGGUCAAGUGGAGGCCUUAAGCCCUGCAGUCAGCCUUCAGACAGCCCUGCAAGCCCAGACAGUUGGAGUCCCCAGCAGUGGCGGGAGCGGCAGCAGCAGCAGCAGCAGCAGCAGCAGCACCAGUAGUAGUAGUAGUAGUAGUAGUAGCAGCAGCAGCAGCAUCGGAGCAGCCACAAUGGCCCAAAGGCAACCUGCAGAGUGUGUCACUGUGUUGGGCAGCGGCACUGACCAGGCCGCCCAGCAGGCUUCCAUUCUUGCCAUGCAGCAAGCGCCCUCUGUGGCCACAACAGUAUCUUCCUCUGCUCCGUCCAUGUCCACAUCUUCGCCAUUGACCGCAGUUGGCCUGGUCCCUCAUCAGGCUCAUCACAGCCCAGGGAGGCUUUUGUUCACCAACCAGGCCUCGAGCAUGAUCCUGAGUCAGGAGUCUCUACAGAUGUUCAUACAGCAGGUACCUUCCAGUGGACACCAACAGCCGUUGAAGAUUCAGGGUAUGACCCCCUCGCCAGCCUUGACCAGUCACACAGCAGCACCCCCUGUGGCCGACAGCCCUCAGCCCUCGCAAUCACCACUGAGUCUGAGCCAGCACAUACAGUCGCCGCACCACCAGCAGUCACGUCCUCCCUCGCAGCCUCAGCCACCAUCGCAAACGCCCUCCCGCUCCUGCACACCCUCAUCCCAUCCACCACCCCUUUUCAUCGUCCACAACCAAGUCACCGAGUCCCCCACGCAGACCCAAGUGGCCCAGCCGCAGCCGACUCAGAUCCAAGUACAGCUCUUGCCUCAGCCGCGGCCCGCCUCCCAACCAGCGCCCUACCAACAGCAAGAGCAGCCCCCCAUGUCACAGUCGCCCAAAACUCUGCCUGCACACCCGUUCGCCACCCCUCAGACUGCUGCACCGGCCCCUGCCAUGGUAAAGGCCCAGGUUCCUGUCCACAGCCUGACAGCGGAUCAGCAACAGCACCUGGCAUUGUUGGGUUCGCAAAUCCAGACACUGUCAGCCAUUAGUCAACCCUCAUUGCACCAGAAGCAGCUGCUGGAGAAGCUUCACCAGAUCCAGCAAAGCAUUCUGCUACAGGUCAAGCAGCCCGCUCAGGCUCAGGCUCAGGCUCAGGCUCAGGCCCAGGCUCAGGCUCAGGCUCAGGCCCAGGCUCAGGCCCAGGCUCAGGCCCAUGCACAGCCCCAGCCCCAGCCCCAGUCCCAGUCCCAGUCCCAAACCCAAUCCCAGCCCCCUGCCAGGAGCUCAUUUAACGCCCAGCAAGACGUGCCUGUCAAAGCGGUAAUCACCUCAUCAACCAGCGCCGUAGCACCUGCUCAGCUGGCCUCAGCACUGCAGCCCACCUCUGUGCUCAUUACAAGUCCAGCUAUAGCCUCAAGUGACUUACAGGUUGUCUCAGGAGUCCAGGGAACAGCUGGAGCCAAGGUGAAUCAGACUGUCGCUCCUGUGAGCCUUACUCAGCCUGCACAGAUACAGCCAAAGCCUGGAGUGAUCAGCUCAGUUGGAGGAAUGACUCUCGGUAAAGGUUGCAUGCAGAUCCAUGUGUUGGGCACCAACAUCACCAAAAUGCCUGCUCCACAGCCCCCUGCUCCUCUCCAACCUCAGACAACAGUGAAGAUGCCUUUCAGUGCGGAGCCCAGCAAAGAAGCCAGGUUCCUGGAGCAGCUGAGGAAACAUCAAGGCUUAGUGCUUCACCCAAACUACAGUGCUCCUUUCUACUCAUUUGAGGACACGCUGCUCCGACUACUGCCUUACCACCUCUACCAGGGAACUGCCAACUCAUCUCAAGAUUAUCAGAAAGUGGAUGUUGAGUUUGAGAGUGUCUCCUCCCUGCUGCUGAAGAGAACGCAAGCCAUGCUUGAUAAAUAUCGCUACCUGCUAUUUUCUGAGUCAAAGCAAAGACUUGGACCCUCGGCAGAGAUGGUGAUGAUCGACCGCAUGUUCAUCCAAGAGGAAAAGCUUGCGUUAAGCCAGGACAGGAUUUUGGCCAAGGAGAGACCAGAGGAGUUUGUGGCCAACGCUCGCCUGUUGGAGAGUUUAUCUUCAUCCCAACAUAAGUCACCCCUGGGACAGCCCACCUCCAACACAAUCCCAGCUGCCGCUGUGGCACCCGCACCGCCCCCAGAACCCACACCGCCCGCUCCGCCUGUUCCUUCGCACGUCCCUCCGAAACCCCCUCAUGUUCCCAGCCUGUCUCCAGUGCCAGCUCCUCCUCCUGUCGCCGUCCCUCCUCCACCCCCUCCUCCCGCUUCCUUCCCCCCGACAAAACUGGUCAUAAAGCAGGGCGGUAGCGGGGCCUCGGUGUCAUGGUCCAGUAGCUGUCCUCCCCCUCCCAGAACAGCCGAGCAGGUCAGCCAGAGCUCUACCUUAACGCGCACAGCUGCAGCAUCAUCAAUUUUCUCAUCCACCUCUUCUAAAAUGGAUGACGACGACGAUGCGCUUCCGCAGAGGACCAGCAAGCCCCCCAUCAAAACCUAUGAGGCUCGGAGGAGGAUUGGCUUGAAGCUAAAGAUUAAGCAGGACCAAACCGGCUUUGGUAAGGUGGUCCACAACACAGCCCUAGACCCUGUGCACACCUCCCAACCUAACACACCUAAUUCUCAACCCUCGUCCACUCCUGCACCUGCCGGGGUCAUCAGAACCCAAUCAACUGUGUCAGUCACUACGGCGACCACUCAGUCCAACCUGGCAACCUCUUCCUCUCAGAGCUCGUCCUCCACACAAAUGAACGGCGCCCUGGACCACCACAACUCUGCCUCAGCCACCCCCGCCCCAUCACAGACUACCUGCCGCCUACCCCUCAGAAAGACUUACCGGGAGAACGUCAGUCCCCGUGUCCGGCCAGGCGUCCCGGGUGGUGGUGGGGCCGACGACUCGGCGCCCUACCUGACCCCUGCGCAUGACAGGACAGUCAUAGCCAGCGUGAAAGUGGAGAAAAGAGGUCGGGACCCCAGCUCAGGCUUGGACCACGUGGAUGACGUGUUCAACCACGCCGUCAAGGGGAGAGGAGAGGAUUGCUCGGAACAGGACGCUGACUUCCCCAAAUACAAGCGAACGAGUGGAAAAAACAAACCGAGGCAAACAGGGACUUUUAGGAUGGACCAGCACGCACCAGGGCCGCCUUCACCGGAGUACCCUUUGCUUCCUGCCAAGCGCUGCAAGUCGGACUCUCCCGACAUGGACAACGCCAGCUUCUCCAGUGGCAGCCCCCCUGACGACUCCCACAACGAACAUUUACAAUGCCCCAUCGACAGCAUCCUCAACCUGCAGCAGGAGCCCACGUUACAUGGGCACCACCACAAGGGCGGCAACGGCCGGACGCACCCCUGCUUGGUUACCAUGCACAGACCCUCGGGGCUCCCGCCGUCUUCCUCCGCCUCAUCCACGUCGUCCUCCCUGGCCCAGCGCCCUCAGGUCAGUGGCCGUGGCCACAACGGUAACCUGGUGCGGCAGACUCAGAGCAGAUAACAGCCCCACCGCCCCCCGGUCCCACAUGAACUGACAAGGGGAGGGGGGCGCCUGAGAGAAUAGGAAGGGAGGGUUGAUUACUCUGCCAGGUUUGUCUGCGGUAUUCUCCAGUCAUGGGUUUUUGUUGUCUUGUUCUGUCCGGGCUUCUUUUUCUUUUGACACAUGAUUUGUGUGCCACUGCCCCACUUCCAUUAUUUUUCUCUCUCUCUCUCUCUCUCUCUCUCUCUCUCUCUCUCUCUCUCUCUCCCCCCCCCGCCCGUGUUUCUAAAUCAUAGUUACCAAGCCUUAGUAAUCCAAGGCAUAUAUUUUACAUUUUCAAAAAUAUCGUGCUACAACACCAAAUGGAAAAGAUCACAAGAAGUACCGGUAUGUUUAUUACUCAGUUAAAAUUUCAGGAUGAACCUAAAAUGCACCAUAAACUUUUGACUUUAACCCUACCUCUAAACUUUUCAAUGUCCAACAGUACUUUUUGCACAACUUGGUGUUUUCUCACAAGGAGCUGAAUAAUAAAAUCAAUUUAUGAUUCAUAAAAAUUGCCUCUGAUGGGCUGUUAACUAGUUCAGGGUCUACAUAGACAGCUGGGAUAGGCUCCAGCACGCCCGCAACCCUUGUGAGGUUAAGCAGCUCAGAAAAUUCCCAAGGACAUCCACUUCUGUGCCUUUCCGUCUCUGCGUUUUUUCUAAUGAGGGUUAUGGUUCAUGUAGAUUUGUUUUUUCAGUCCUUUUCAUCAUUCUGUUCAUAUUUUGGCACCAUGAAGACUAACAUUUAAGCAACAGAACCUCGCUCUUAUCAGGAGGUUGCAGUCGAGAUACGGAAACCUGAUUGGCCAAUGGAUGUGAAUUGUUUUGUUCAGCUCCUUGUUAUAGAAGAGCAAGUUAUGCAACAGCAAGUAACAAUGCAUUCAAAGUUUACACAGUCAAAUUAAUUUACCGAUGAAGCUUAUUAAGGGAAAAGGCAUUUUGGGUUCAUCCUAAAAUUUGACUUGAAGGCCCAAUACCCCUAAUGAAUCUUGUAUUUUUACAUUGGAAAAAAUCUCACAGGGCAAGAUUCCUCAAAAGGCCCCCUUUGUU